AUGUUGUUUUUACCAUUCAUCUUCCUCGCUUUUGCUGCUGCUGUGCGCCCCAGUCUUGAAGGUGUCCAAGACAAAGUUGGAUUUGGACCACGGCCACAUGGGCCAAGAGGCCCUCCGAGAGGCCCUCCGAGAGGCCCGCCAAGAGGCCCGCCAAGAGGCCCGCAUGGGGCUGGGCCAGGAGGCCGUACAGAGAUGUACGGACGCUUGCAGCGCAGGGUCGACGACAUCCUGCGCAACAGGUUUCCCGUCUCCGUUUCGGCACUUCGUUUCUGCUCUUCGGUGAUUGAGUACGCUUGGAAGGAGCAAGCCAAGCAGGUGCUUCCACCUUCGCAGCGCUUCACUGUUGGACCACAAGAUGUGGCAGCAGUAUUGCUUCAGGACGAGUUGGAGAAUGCCCAACUGACCUGCCAGGAGGUCAUGGCUGGCGCGUUGCAGGGCGGUCAGCCCUGGGCGGUGGACGCUGCAAAGACAUCGCAGACAGAUGGCGUCUUGCACCCGCUCGGCCGCCUGCAGGCAGUGGACAACGAAGACAGAAGUCCUGCAUGGAAAGCUUCGCUGGAGCACGUUUGCAAGGACGAGUGCCAAGAGCUUGUUGCAGGCAUUUGGGAUGCCCGCGUUCCCAUCAUCGGAAGCUUGGAGUCAAAGGCCCCCACGGAGACCUGUGCGAAUGAGGUGGUCCGUAAAGUCGAGGCCCAUAUUCUGGGCUGCUGUGCAGAAACUUGUGGAUGGAAUGGCGCCGCCUGCACCUUUUGGCCUUUCUUCAGUGUGGCAGAAAAGGGAGCCUGGGAGGCAGAGUGCUGCACGGAGUGGAAUGUGUUAGCAGGGUCCGACAGGGAGAAGCUUUGUGAUGCAACGCUGACGCCGAGCCAGAAGGUGCUGGCGGACGAGCACGACUUGGAGAAGUCCGAGAAAGGUGCCGUGCUGCUUGGACAGGAUGAGCAGCUGAAAUGGACCCGCAACGGGGCGAGGAAUUUCCACAGCGAGCACGUGCAGGAGGGCCAAGUCGUGUCACAGGAAUUCCUGCUCAAGGACCGGACGCCCUCCAUCUCCAUUCAGGACGGUUUAGAUGAGGGGUGGUGGAUCCGGGAGGUUUUGACGAGCAGCUCUCUGUUGGAACUCGGAGACCGGACCAGUGACUGUCCACCUCCCUUCGACACAAUCAGGGCCAAUGAGAAAAAGGCAGACUCCUGGUUCAAGAUUGGAUUCGCGCACUACGGCCCCCACAAGGCCAUGUGUGGCAAUCCGCAGUUAGGGAAUCAGACAGACGAGGUGACAGACUGCACUGCCUUCAUUCAGCCGAGCGUCAGUGUCAAGGCGAAGUGUUUUUCUGUCAAGGAGACAUGCAAGAUUUUUGAGAAAGAGCUUGACAAAAACCUCAAGAGGGUCAAGGCGAACCCUGAGUCGACGAGGAACAUGGUAUAUUUUCACAAGUCACUCUGCACAACCUGCGCGUAG